AGAGCCGGGAUCUCUUUGCAGGCAUUAGUGCAAUCUCUCUCUCUCUCUCUCUCUUUUUUUUUCCUGCAUGCAUCUCCUGCUGCAGCAAAGCCGGGCAGGCUUGGGGGAGGGGUUGGGAAAGGCUGCCCCCCCUCUCCUCUCCCUUGCUCCUCUUCUCGCUCCGUGUGUUUUUUUUGCAGGUGUGUCAAUUUGAAUUCUGCCCAGUAGGUGGGACUUGGUGACUUUAGCACCAUUUUUUUUUUUGUGAGCUGCCUCCCCAUCUUCUGUUGCAAUCCUCAGAAGUGGCUCGGAGCGCCUGGAUCAACAAGGCAGCCCGUGCAGGCGGGCGCGAUGCCUUGCAGCCCGCUGCUGUAGGGGGAAUUACCGCCGCUCCUGCCAGCUGCCGGCAUGAAUUCAUCUGCCGGGGGAUUGCGCCUCUGAUCGCUCCACUUUGACUUCAUUUUCUUGCCUCCCUCUGUCUUUGUUUCCUUCCCCCCCCUUCUCCCCCACCCCCCAUCCCUCCCUUUCCUCCUCCUCUUUUUUGUCCCCCCUUUUUUAUUAAAAAACCCCCCCACAAAAACAAACCAGGGAUCGGAGAUGGAUGUCUCUCUCUGCCCGACCAAGUGCAGCUUCUGGAGGGUCUUUUUGCUCUGGAGCGUUUGGGGAGACUAUGUGCUGUCGGUGCUGGCUUGCCCUGCCAAUUGCCUUUGCAGCAAGACAGACAUCCAUUGCAAGAAGCCGGAUGACGGAAACCUCUUCCCCCUCUUGGAAGGGCAGGAUUCAGGCACCAGCAAUGGCAACGCGAGCAUCAACAUCACGGACAUCUCCAGGAACAUCACUGCCAUACACAUAGAAAACUGGAAGAACUUGCAGACGUUGAAUGCUGUAGACAUGGAGCUGUACACAGGACUCCAGAGGCUGACAAUCAAGAACUCAGGACUUCGAAAUAUCCAGCCACGGGCGUUUGCCAAGAACCCUCAUCUGCGCUACAUAGACCUCUCUGGUAACCGGCUCACCACACUGUCGUGGCAGCUCUUCCAGACGCUGAGGCUUUUUGAACUGAGGCUAGAAAGAAACCCUUUUAACUGCAGCUGUGAUAUCCGCUGGAUUCAGCUCUGGCAGGAGAAGGGUGAGGCAAACCUGCAGAACCAGGAGCUGUACUGCAUGACCAUGGAUGCUGCCGUCAUUCCCCUGCAGGAGAUGAAUAUCACCCAGUGUGAUCUCCCCGAGAUCAGUGUCAGUCAUGUUAAUCUGACUGUGCGAGAAGGCGAGAAUGCUGUGAUCACCUGCAAUGGCUCGGGCUCGCCACUGCCGGACGUAGACUGGACUGUCGCAGACCUCCACUCCAUCAACACCCACCAGACCAACCUAAACUGGACCAAUGUUCAUGCCAUCAAUCUAACUUUGGUAAAUGUCACCAGCGAGGAUAACGGGUUCCUUCUGACAUGUAUUGCUGAGAACGUGGUGGGAAUGACCAAUGCCAGCGUGCUGCUCACAGUCUACUAUCCCCCACGCAUCCUGAGCUUGGAGGAGCCGGAGUUGCGUCUGGAGCACUGCAUUGAGUUUGUGGUGCAUGGAAACCCAGCCCCCAGCCUUUACUGGCUGCACAAUGGCCAGCUCCUCAGGGAGACGGAGAUCAUCCGCAUGGAGUUCUACCAGCAAGGGGAAGUGUCCGAGGGCUGCCUGCUCUUCAACAAACCCACUCACUACAAUAAUGGCAACUACACCAUCGUGGCUACCAACAAGCUCGGCACCACCAACCAAACCAUCAAAGGGCACUUCCUCGCCACGCCUUUUCCAGAAAGUACGGAUAACUUUGUCUCAAUUGGUACCUAUGAAGUGAGCCCCACCCCACCUAUCACUGUGACCCACAAACCAGAGGAGGAUACUUUUGGGGUCUCCAUAGCAGUCGGGCUUGCAGCUUUUGCUUGUGUCCUCUUGGUGGUCCUCUUUAUUAUGAUCAACAAGUAUGGUCGACGGUCCAAGUUUGGGAUGAAAGGUCCAGUGGCAGUGAUCAGCGGUGAGGAGGACUCCGCCAGCCCUCUCCAUCAUAUCAACCAUGGCAUCACCACGCCGUCAUCAUUGGACGCUGGCCCAGACACGGUGGUGAUCGGCAUGACCCGUAUUCCUGUCAUUGAGAACCCCCAGUACUUCCGACAAGGCCACAACUGCCACAAACCAGAUACAUAUGUGCAGCAUAUUAAGAGGAGAGACAUUGUUUUGAAGAGGGAGCUGGGAGAAGGUGCCUUCGGGAAGGUGUUCUUGGCCGAAUGCUACAACCUCAGCCCCACCAAAGACAAGAUGCUGGUGGCAGUGAAGGCCCUGAAAGACCCCACUUUGGCAGCCCGCAAGGACUUCCAGAGGGAGGCAGAGCUACUCACUAACUUGCAGCACGAGCACAUCGUCAAGUUCUAUGGUGUCUGUGGUGAUGGAGACCCCCUCAUCAUGGUCUUUGAGUACAUGAAGCACGGGGACCUGAAUAAGUUCCUGAGGGCACAUGGGCCGGACGCUAUGAUCCUCGUGGAUGGACAGCCACGGCAAGCCAAAGGGGAGCUAGGGCUGUCUCAGAUGCUACACAUCGCUAGCCAGAUAGCCUCAGGAAUGGUGUAUCUCGCCUCCCAGCACUUUGUCCACAGAGACCUGGCAACCAGGAACUGCUUGGUUGGAGCCAACUUGCUAGUGAAGAUCGGAGACUUUGGGAUGUCCAGAGAUGUCUACAGCACUGAUUACUACAGGGAAGGGCCGCAUCCGAAGGGUCAAUUCAGCGCAGCCUGGCAGCGACAGAGACUAGCAGCACGGACAGCUACAACAGUUGGAGGACACACCAUGCUGCCCAUCCGCUGGAUGCCUCCUGAGAGCAUCAUGUACCGGAAGUUUACAACAGAGAGCGAUGUCUGGAGCUUUGGGGUGAUCCUCUGGGAGAUCUUCACGUAUGGGAAGCAGCCUUGGUUCCAGCUCUCAAACACAGAGGUUAUCGAGUGCAUCACCCAAGGCCGAGUCUUGGAGAGGCCUCGAGUUUGUCCCAAGGAGGUUUACGACAUCAUGCUGGGUUGCUGGCAGAGAGAACCUCAGCAACGGCUCAACAUCAAGGAAAUCUACAAGAUCCUUCAUGCUCUGGGCAAGGCCACACCAAUCUACCUGGACAUCCUUGGCUAGCAGUGGCCACCUGUCAAAAGUUCCUGCUCCCUCCUUCCUCCACUGGUCCUACCUCCCCUUCCCUGCCCCCAAGCAAACAUCUUCAUAUAAACUCAAGUGCCUGCUACACAUACAACACUGAAAAAAACCAACCUGUAAGGCAGUUUGGCUUAUAUAUAUAUUUAUAGAUAUUAUAUAUAUAUCUAUACACACACACACACGCACACAUACACCUUCACACCAAUACAAAAAGAAGCUGCUGUUACAGAAAUUAUAAGAUUUACAAAACAAAAAAGAAACUACAAAAAAACCCUUAAAAGUACUUAAGAGAUAUAUAUAUAUAUAUAUAUUAAUUUAUAAAUUAUAUAGACAUAUAGAUAUAUAUGGAUAUAUAUACCUAUAUAUCCAUAUAUAUCUAUAUAUCUAUAUGUAAAUUAAUUAAGAAGUAAAAAACGAGAAGGAAUCAUUACCCCAAACUGUGGAGCAGUGAAACACGAUCCUCCUGUGUGUCUUUGGCCCAGGCUGUGAGGCAGAGCUCAAGACUGACUCUAUAGUCCCAGGGAGGAAGCCCUGGGAUGCGGCCCUGCCACCGUUGUAUGAUAUGCACUGACUGAGCGAGUCCAUCCCACAAUAUGGUGGGACUCGAAGCCAGGGCAAUGCCCCUGAAGGAACUUGCUUUUACCAAUCUCCCCUACCCCGGCCCACUUUCUUCCCAGCUUUUUUCCUUCCUUCAACAUUUCAGGACAAUUUUUCUAAUAUGCUGAUUCUUAAAUGUAUAGACUCAAGGCUUUCAGAACAUACAAGUCUAAGGAUCACGGCACCUACGGGUAACACACAACCGAGAAACAACCACCAUCCCACGGAGAACCGCCGACAGGAACCGAACCUUCCUAUUGCCCAGUGCCAACCUUUUGUCAGACUCUGGGAUUAGUGUCGGGGACUGGAGCAGCUGCUUGAGAGAGAGCAUGGAGCAGUGGGCCAGGAAACACUCCCAGUGGCAUUGUAGUAUCCCUCCAACCACAUCUCAGCAUGCAGGAUGGUAAUCCCAGUCUGUGCAUGGCUCCAUAGGGAGUGGCUUUGAAAGUGAAAACAAAAAAACGCAUCCUUCUCACUCCUGCGAUUUUGUCAGAGGACUUGGUAGAGGUUUGGGGAGACCACGGCUGUCACACAAAGGGCCAUAUUCAUGCCUGCGGCAAAGCCUGGAAGCCAGGGAUGGAUUCCCUUGGCCUGUGUGAUAAGGCUGCAGCUUGCAAUGUGGCUGGAAGAACUGUACCGCAGGGUGUGCCCCUGGGGUUGGUAUCUUAUGCUGCCUCCCCUCCCUUUCCCCCACCCUCACCAUCUAUUCCCCUCUUGCUCAGUCCUAUACCUGAGGUCCAUGCCAAAGGGAGUGCAGGUGGAUGGAUGGGGUCUGUGAGAUGGCUGGGAACCUAUCGACACCUGCCUGCAGCCUGGUUGACAUUCCUCUCACGUCUCCAGGCCCUGAAAGGAUUGAUGCAUCUGCCUUGGAGCUGUUGUGAAAUGCAGAGGCUGAAGAAUAGCUCCACAGGCAGCCUCAGAAAGGGGGGAAGGGCAGGUGCCUUCAGGAGCAGACAGCUCCGGGAAUGGCCGCAGCCGCCAGCCUUGCAUGUCAAUGAGGACAAAGGCCUAACAGAGCAGAGGGGGAGUGGGAGGCUUAGGAGAAGGCCAGAGAGAGAAGUGCCCCCUCCCACACCUCCAUAGAUUAAAGGGAUAGCGGCCUCCCGGAGCAAGCAGAGCCUGGGUCCUGCUCACCGGGAGCCUGGGAAACAAACGUUUCUGGCUUGUUUCUCCUCCGGCUAAUCGAGGAUGAGGGGAGAACGCUCCCUUGGCAGCUGGAGCCAGGAAGAGGACACAGGGGCCAGGGUUGUUGUCAAGUCAAUUUAAGAAAGGCAACAACUGCAGGCACCAGAGGAGCUGGUUUGGAUGUGUCACCUGUCAUGAAACGGGGGGAUGGGUCAGUUCUCUUCUUCCCGCUAGCAUUCCCCUGCCCAAAGCAAUCAAAUGGGACAGGAUGGCUACAGGAGAGGAUGUUCCUGCCAAUCCGCUGCAGCAUAUGCCAAGAGGGAAACCCUCCUCUCCAUCCCUCCCUAGUACCAUGCUCCUCCCCGCUCCAUUGAUCUGGUGUUAUUCCUGUUCAGGGCUUCAUUCAAGUGAGCAGUGCCUUGCUGUGAAGAGCUAGAGGUAAAGGGCUUGCUGGUGCUAGCGAGGUUGAGUCAGGACACAGGGUGAUGGCUGAAGCAGGGGCUUAGCUGGCUCGGGCAGGGCUUGCUGUAAUAAAAGCAUGAGCCAACAUGGGAAAGGGAAGAUGUGCACCCAUCCAGCAGUGCCACAGUGGUCUGAAAUCCCCGAGCCUAAUUAGUGCAGCCAUUUUGGAUGUAGGCAGAGCCCAAGGCCAGCACUGCUAGAAGUACAUAUGUAGGUUGCUUUGGACACCAAGCAGGGCAGGGUAGAGGCAGGGGCUGUGAAUAGCCCCACACAUCAGUGACCAGGUACCCCACUAUCCCUGGGCUCCAUGCAGAUUUUCUCUCUUGUGGCACCAGUGCAGUUGGACUGGUUUUUGUCAGGGGAACACCCUGCCUGGCUGCUUUUCUCCAAACUACCCCCUGCCUCCCUGUGUUGCAUCAUCCCUUCAUAGCUCCCCAUCCCACAAGGAAAUCACUGAUAAGCCCUGCAUGUCCAUGUUGCAUUCAGAAGCACCUCGCACUCCUGCAACCCAGGGAUUCCCCCCUCUCCCCUCUUUCCUGUGAGCCCUGGGCUUCCCAAGCCAGCUCUGUCUGUUGUCAGAUGUCAUUAUAAAGGCAUGGGUAGGACAAGACUUCAGGCCUCAGUUCUGUGUGGUUAAGUAACAAAGGGUCUAAUGAAAGGCAAGGACAUUGUCUCCUAGAUGACACAACAUUCGUGAGACAGCUUUAGGUUGCCAUAUUGCCCUAUUCUUAGUCCCACCAAACACAGCUACAGCCUUGGAAAAAAGGUCCUGUAGUCAAAGUUUGUUUUGAGCAGUUACUAGCAGGCAGGAGAAGGUGUUGUGCUACAGUGCUAUGUCCCCCACUCUGCUGCUGUUUGGUGCCUGUAGGCCCUUGGGGUUGGGCUUUUCUUGGGGUUUUGUUUUAAGGGUAAGAAGAAAGUGUUAUGUUCCUUAUACACCUAACCACUUGGCUAGGGAUGCUGGGAAAGAAGCUGGUUGGGUCACGGGGAGCAGGUCCAGGAUUCUCCCAACACUUAGGGCACGGAGGUGGUGGUUUCUGGACAGCGCAUGGAGCUCUUUGGUGGCUGUUUUACCCGGGGCAGGAAAAGGGUCCUGAGAGCAGCAGAACCCAUGUGGCCUUACAGUGUCAGGGGAGAGGGGAGCUUGGAGACCCCUCAAGUAUGCUACAAAGCAGAGCUCUGCUCUGUGCUGCAAGCGACUUGCACAGGCAGAGGAGUCACUAGCUGCUCCAGCCCAGUGCAGAUUUCCCAUUCACGCUUCCCUGUCUCAAUGAUCAGAUCUCAUGCAGCUUUGCCUCUCAUGCCCUUCUCCAGGGACAGCAGUUGGCUCUGGGUGAGGCCAUGUGCAGUGCCUUUGGCCUCCAUGUUUCCCCCAGUUUAGUCAUUCCUGAUGUUCAUUCUCCUCUGUCAGCUAAAUCUUUCACAAAUGCCUUUUGGAAAGAGAGAGAUGAAGUAGACCUGAGUGCAAUCCUGAGCCGUCACUGAGACCUGGGUGUGUUUAUAAUGAGGAGGAGCUGGUCCAAAGUGAACCACGUGAGAAUUGUCCUGGCUUGGAACUGAUGAGUCGGAGGAUCCUGGAGCUGUGAGCUGUUUAGGUAGUAAUCUGGUAAUAAAGCCAGGCAUCGUGAGCUGCACUUCUGUCUUUGGCCCUAAGGUAUAUUGUCAGUGACCUCAGAUUUUCUCUCUAUCUUCCCAUUUGCCAGCUCAGUGAAUGAGUUGUACAUUUCCAAGCUAAAGCCAAUACUGUCUGAGAGCACAAUUUUUAAGUGAGCCUCAACACUGUCUGUAUAUGAAGGAGCAUCGCAUUUUGCUAGGUCCUAUUGAUUGUUUAAAAAAAAAAGCUGUGAGAGAAAUGGUCUUUUUUCCAUACAUGCACCAUCAUCAUCAUCUUAGCUUUGGAUAAGCAUAUGCAUUUGUGCAAGGGUCGCAUAGGACCUGCGAUUUCAAGGGUCUGAAUGUACACAAACUUGCACAUGAAAGAAUGUGUGCACUGAAAUAAGAGUGAAAAAGCAAGGGCAUUUUUAUAGAAGCUGCUUGUGAAAAUUCAGGCAUUAGCUUUAUGCCUCCCCGGCUGCGGGUGAAAUUAGCUUUCUUGAUUGAGAAAAAGGCCUAGUGCAGAAAGGGAGCAGUGUUCAAAGUCCGGUAAGGCACUUCAGUCAGGUGAAUCAAGGCUGUGUUCGACGAAGUUAAGAAUGGCUCUGAAUCCCAAGUGGUACCAGUGGUAAAAACUGAAAUAAGUGAAAACCCAUACACCUCCUGGGGCUACAACAAAAUCUUGCUGUAAUCCUGAACAAACUAGGGGCAAAAAAAAAGCAAAAACAAUGGUCACUGGUGACUAGAAGUUUGUCCAGGGAGAGAAAAAGAUAGCCAAGGACUGUGAGCAGUUUUGUUAUGAAAUGCAAGCAGAACAAGACCGUAGCAAUAGUAAAAUUUUCAGGGACUAAGGCUGGAGAUCCAAAGCUAAGGCCACUGUUUUCUCUUUCAAAGAACGGCAGUGGCCUCCCAGGAUCCAAAUACAUGUCUGUGUGUUCUGCAUGAGGAAGUACUGGUAUCAGUUAUUGGGGAAGACACAAAGCCCUGAACUCAGGUCUCCGCAGGUAAGCAAAGAAGAAAUUGAUUCUUAAAUGCUGGCGUUCCUCAGGUCUGUUUGUCAUCUCUGAGCGCAUAUUGCCCAGAACUGGGAUGCUAGACAGCUGCAUUAAAGUGCUGUAUUUAUUCUCAUGAGGUGCCAUUUCAUUUCCUUUCCCCGGUGCUGAUGCUCUAUCAGUGAAAAAUGUUGCAUUCCAGGCUGGUAGCCAGCUUUAUGGAGGAGUGAGCCCCUUUGCUCUUUGCAUAAACUUUCCACCAUGUGCUUCCCUCUUUGGUAGGUCAGUUGUGCAGCUUAUUAGACUGCAGGCAUGCCUACAACAUGACAGGUGCAAAGUGGGCCAUUCCAGACCAUGCUUCACUUACUUGCUCCAAACCCCCCCAAAACACCAGUGAAGCAGCUAAGACAUCCCUUUGCAGCCACUCUCGAGUCUUCAGUCACUGGCAUGCUUGAGAGCUGCCUCUGGGGACAGACAACCUUGUCAUGUUGUCACUGGACUAUAUGGAGUGGCACUAUGUGGAUAUGGCAUCAAGUGGGAGGGACUUACCCAGAAACAGUCCAGCUGGUAAUGGCACGCUCGAAGAGCCGUUAUCCCUGUAGACAUGCCCUUUUAGAGAUCUCCAGCCUAUUCUCAGCACUUCCUUAUGUAGAUAUAUGUACCUUCACUUGCCAUAGCUCAGUAGGGAGCUCCAGCACAUGCAGCUCCAGGGGACACUGGCCAAGGGGUCUCACUGAGGGCAAACCUCAAGAAUCCUUGCUGUAAGGAAGUGAGGGAGAGCUAAAAGUACCAUAGACCGCAAGUGUUUGUAUGGAGAUGGGCUCCUUAGCAGGGGAACCUCUUAUUGAGAGUGUAGACACACCAGAAAGAAUAGGCAUAAGACUUUAGCAUGGGGAGAACAGAUCUUGUUUUCUGUGGGAUAUUUAGUGUGCAGGUCAUUUCCACCUGGUGGGCCAAGCUUUGGCUCUGAAAUCAUCUCUCCUCUGUACCAGGAAGAGCGCACCAUGCACUGCAUGUUCCUCGGUUGCUCUUCUGUUGUAGCACCACUUUGUAACCAAAGGGAUCCUCUCAAGUCACGUUCUCAUCUUUCUCAUGAGAGUUUUUGCAUUGAAAAGGAGCUGGCGGGGCCUAUGGUUGGGUGUGUCUUCAUCUGAGAUUCAUGCUGAUAGCUCCAUGCAGUUGUGCCAUGAACCCUGUGGAAAGACAGGAAGCACAUUACAGUCAAGGCUCUGGGCAGGUACAUGUUCUGUGCGGUGGCGAGGCACAUCCUAAAAUGUUUUCUCUUUAUUCUGUUGCAAUGUGGUUUUAAAGGAACAGGACAGGGCUGCAUCUCUGAGAUGAGUGUUCUUGGAGCCUUCUAAGGAGCAUGUCAAGUUGGAAGGGGAAGGAUGCGAUAUUGUACGGAUUGAAGAUGUUUUGUUCGUAGAAAGGUUCUUAUUAAGAAGCAAGUUCUUCCAUGCACUUCAGUGUUUUUCUUAAAAUGCCUGCUAAGUCCUGAAAGACAGGGACCUCUCCCCUUUUUCAUUCUUCAGUAUCACUCCUCAUGGUGAUUCUGUGGGUCAGACUCCUAGAGGAGAGUGAAUGUGCAUUGCUAAGAUAUAAAUUCCCGAUGGCAGUCUUCAAUGCCACAGGCCUGUAGGUAGCCAUUGCUCCACUGGAAUGCAUCCUCCUGUCACUUUGUGCUUAUUUCCUUUCUGUACAAUACAAGGCAAUGGAGCAAUUUCUGCAAGAGGAGUAGUAGAAGUCCCCUUGCUUAGAAUUUUUACAACUUAAUUAAACAAAGGGACUAAACAGCAUAUGGUAGCAAAGACCCUAACCUUGCCUGGGACUGUAAGAGAGAGGCAAAAUAAUCAAAUGGGUCAGGUCCAUCUUGACCUUGACUCCCCAUUGGCUGCCUUUGUAGCUAAGUGGGGGGUGAUCCUGCACCCCACUCUCAACCCACCAUCACAUCCCAGAAAAUGGAUAUUACUAAUCCUUUGCCUUCCCUAGACCCCAGGAAGUCUUUAUGGGAACACAUCUAGCUGGUGAAAAGGAUUGGUGCUAGAAGCCUGAACAUCAGCAACUGUUUGGAAAGGAUAGUUUGACUGCCAGGAGCCAGCAGGAGAUGACUGAAAUGCCUCUCAAGGGAGCCAUAGCACUGGGAGGUCUGAAUAUUUUCACACUUGCCACUUUGUCUCUGCUGGUUUCAAACCUCCCAGGUCUCUGCUGCUUGAUACUGAGAUAGCUGAGUUGCUGCCUUCACUUCCUUCAGAACAAAUGCGACGGGCACUGCCUGUUUGAUUUUGCUGUUGCCGGCAAGAUAAGAGUCUCCCCUCCUUUUUCCUUUCUGGCUCCUGUCCUUGUGGUUCUCAGGACUUGACUAGCAGAGUUUUUAAACUAAGUGAAAGUCUUAAUGUGAGGUGAAUCCCAAGACCACAAACAGUUUGGAGUUCAAACAGUAAGAAAAUUGGCGCCGAAUGAUUCCACACACAAAGCAGAAAACUUUCAUUUCCUGCAGGCAGGAUGGAAUUGACUGUUAUAUUAAGACUUCAGAAGGAGCACUGCCCUGGAGUAAUUUCACUGCUGUCAGGCAAUGUUGACAUCUAGAUUAACCUCUGUGCAGUGAAUUUUACAGCAAAGCUCAUUGUGAUGCGUGUGGGAUAUCUCCUGUAAAUCCCAGCUGAAGCCACUGGUGUCCCACCCUUCUGCAGAGGAAGAAGGGGGAGAGCAGUUGCUUUGAUUUUUGACCUCAGUAGAAGGUGGCUCUGACCUCCUCCUGGCCAGUCAUGCUGAGACAGACUCUCGGCUCUGCUCAAGUAACAAUAGCGCUAACCCAGAUGUUUUUUGUUUUGGAUUUUUUUUUCCAUUCCCCCAAAGAUGUUCAGCUGAAAAGUUCCUUGCUAGUGACAAAAAGUUCCCGGUUUGUAUCCGCAAGGUAACACAGACGUUCCUAAUUAAAAGGAAAUGGUUAACCAGUGGCUAUCCACCUCUCUCUCUCUCAUUAACUCCAAACCACUUGAUCCCCAAAGCUAAUACACCGAUGGGACCCAAUCCAAGGACUGAAUGCCUGACAAGCUCACAGAUGCUCUGAACAGGCUGCAUCCAGUGCUAGGAACCAGCCCAGAGGCUAACUAUUAACUCUGACUACCAGACCAAGCCUGCAUGAAUUAAAGCAGUUCACACAGUUCAUUCAAUAAAAGUCAAAGGACAUUGCAAGUAAAGUCUCCAGACUCCGGAUCUCAUUGCUCUGACUGUUAAAUUGGAUCUGCAAGGCAGGGGCAGCUACCCUUUGUCCUUUCUCGAAGAGGAGACUCGGCAGCAAGUUUCCAGGGCUGAGGACGACAGAAGCAGAACUGCCUGCACGUUCCUUGGCCACUAGACAUGAUACCCUCGACAGGCAUCAGUGGGUACCUGAUGUGGUCACCUGUGACACAUUUCUGUGUAGACAAGUGCCAUAGCCUGAAAAGCCUUAAGGAGUGACAUCCCACUUUCUGGCUGGCAGGAGUUAAAAAAAAAAAAUUCCCUAUCCUUUUUUCUUUUUUGUCUUCAAACUUAAAUUUCUCUGCCAUCAGUCACAAAAAAGUUUUAGUCACAAAGGACAAAAUGUUAAGCUCAUUGUGGGUUUGUUGCUAACCCUAGAGGUAAAAAUCUCCAUUUUGUUUCUAAAAUUCCCUUUUAAGAGGAAAAAGAACCUUUUAAGAAGUGUAUUAUGAUGUUUGUGAAGAGCUUUAAUGUGUCUAUAUAGACCCCAUGCCAUCCAAGUCAGGAUUUGAUUUCCAGAAGUCAGGAAUUACCGCACCUCCCAUGGACUUGCACUGUAGUUGAACAUUUUGACAUCUCUGAAAUUAGACCUUUUGCUCAAGGCUGCCUUUGUUGUCUCCACUAAGGACACAACUGAAAGAGUGAUCCAAGGUUAUAGACAAGGUCAUUCUGAUUUUUAUUUAUUUAUUUUUUUGGUAUUAAAAUAAUUUGAUUCAUCAGCUUAACCACCAAAGCAAAUCAAAACCUAGAGGGCAUGUUUAAGAAGUAAUCAGCAUUGUAUUUCACUUUGGACAUCCGUGCAUUAAUGUACUGCAAAUAUGAUUUCCUUUUUGUUUGCAUUAUUGAUGCCACAAAAUGUCAGGUGCAUAAAAACUCAGCAGCCCAACCUUUGAGGUUUAGAACUGUUCUGGCUAAAUUUCAGUCUGCUUACUUUCUCUUUUGCUUCUCAUAAGCAUUAAUGUGCUGCCACUCCAUCAACUGCUUGCGGGAAGAGUUUACUCUAAGUCUGUUUAUGUAGGCAUUGGUAUUUCAAGGAAAACAAGACUCUAGAAUUAUUUGUUCCAUGGGCAGAGAGCCAACAUUGCCCUGGAUCAUUUUUCUGCAGAAAGUAUUUGGGUUUGUGUGUGGCAUCCACCCCUUAUCCCCCUACAGGAACCUCUACAUCUCUGAUGUUACCAUCAGUCUGCAUUUCACAACCAUCUGUGUUUCAUCUAAGGAGGACAAGCUGUGGGUCCAUUUCCAGCUCUGCCCACAUUAGGUUGCUUUGAGCAAUGGCUCCUGCUUCUUGCCCUAGUUAAAUGUUACAACUUCCCAGUGCUCUGAUCCUUCAUGUGUUAUGAGAAACAGAAGACCUAUGGGUUUUUUGUUCUCUACCUUCCUCUAAUUACAUCCCAGAAACACAGUUAUUUGUUUUCACAACCAAUGAGCCUUUAUAGCAUGUCUUCACUGUGCUUCCCACAACAGCACCCAUAUUUUUAUGACCUAGAGAUGCAGUAAAUUUGGAAGCUUGAUGUGUGACAGAAGAAUUUAAAUUGCUUUCUAGGGUGCAUGUCCCCGAACUUGCCAAUGACAAAUUCCAGUUGUCCAACAGUAGGUUUAGUCAGGUCUUCCCCAUCCCCUCUGCCCUGGACUUACUGAAUAAUGUGUCAUAGGCAAAUAUGACCCUCUCAUUAUUCACGUACUGUCCCAGGACACUACUAACUAUAUUAACAAGCACAAAAUAUGGCAUUUUAUUUGCUCCUUGCCUCUCCAGCCAGGGUCUGAUCCAUGCAAGGAUGUUUCCUCACUCUGUGAAUACACAGGUUCCUUACUAGCUUUUUAUAAGGGAAUUUUUCAAAGUCCCUUUCAAAGCAUAAACCAAAAAGUUAUACCCCCAAGUUUGACUUUAGCUGUUAGGUCCUUUCCUCUGUCAACGAAUUCUAAGAGACUAGAGAGUUGAAAACUCAUGGUAGCAUUUUGGGGGCCAUCCUGGCUUGUCCCUUCUUUGUCUCAUUCAUUAUAGAACUUAAGAAUCAUUAUUCAAUUAUUUUCCCAAUUCUUUAAGUGCUGCAGUUUGGGCCUGACUCAUCAAAAAAGAUCUGAGUGAAAAAUGAGAUGAAAUCAUUUAUAGGCAUCCUUGUAAAGAGGAAGUCUCUGCCCAUUUUUCCUUGAAUUGUCCUCACAGUGGCAGGAGUUUGGGUGACUGAGGACAAGGGAAGAAACUAGAUACAUGCACAGGCACAAUCUGGCCAGCAGGGACCCUGGCAGUUUUAAUAACCCCUUCCCUGAUGUCAUCAGAGCCACAGGAUUGAAGGUCUUGUUAGCAGCUUCCCCCACAACAACCCUUGCUUAGUAGCAGCUCUAGAAAGUAACACAUUCAGCGGGCCUAGCUCUGCUCCCUUCUGCUUAGCUUUCCCCUUUACACUGUUCCAGCUCCAGGGCAUCGCCACACCAGCGGGAGGGGGAAUUUCCAAUUCCUCCCAUUAGUCCCUGAUGAGAUGGGAACAAAAACAAUGAAUGCCAGAGCAGGAAGAUGUUUUCCCAACAAGAAUUAUUUCAUUUCCUUUUUUAAACUCUGCUAUUUAAGAUGCAAUACAACAGCAAGUAUGAGUAUGCUCUGAAACGUUGAAUGAGGGGUCUGUUUUGCUUUUGUUUUUAUACCUGCAACUUCUGUCACUGAGAAUCUGGCUGUUACUUAGCACCCAGCAGGUUGUUCUGAUUGCUGGAAAGACAGUCGGAUUGAUUCCAGCCAAGAUCCAUUUGAGUCCAUCCUAAUUCUUGCAUGCCUGGACUGCGACAAUAGAAAUAAUCAACAAGGGGCUGAGUCAUUUUUACUGUAUAGAAUGAAACCCUCCCACUUGAUGGUAGACAAAAACUGAAGAGGUGUUGAACACCUACCACUCUCAUAGAAGUGAGAAAAAGGUUGUGCCUACUGAGUGCCUCUUGGGAUCAUUGUGAUGUUAGGAACAGAGUUGCAGGGAGCGAGGGGGAGAAAUUCUACAAGAAAAAAUAAAAGGAAGAGAUUGGUUAGCUUUUAAUACAAGAAAAUCCACUAUUGUACAUGAGAAAAGAUUGAACUCAUAAUAUUCUCCUUGGCAACAAAGAGUGUUUGCUAUUGAGAGAAGCAAAGUUCUCUAUCCUGCAAACCUUCUUAGCUUUUAAUUUCCUUUCCCUUCUCUUCUGAUAAUGCAGAGUAAAUCCAGGCUCACCACUUCUUUGAAAUCUGAAAAUUAAGGCGAAAGGUAGGGUUGGGAGAGGAAGAAAGCCUGAUCCUGUUGAGUGAGAUGGGUGCUUCGGGCUUGAUUCGGAGAAGGUGCUCAGCUGUAACGCAACCGAAGUCAGAUCUCCCUUUGAUUCGGUUUACCAUUCACAUUGUUCAAAACAUUGUAAGACAGUUUUUAUCCCUAGGAUUGAGCAAGACCAAAAAAAAAAAAAAAAGACCAAACAGCCAGGAUCUGGAGAUCCUGCCAUAGCUCAAACUUGUGGAAUCAUUUCCCUGAAGAUCAAAAUGCCUCAUGGAAGGUCAAGGAAGGUGUUGAUGGGAAACCAAGCAAGGCGAUUGUUCUGAUGUCCUGCCUGCACCUAAAGUUUUGCAACAGGUUAAGCACCGCCACGGGGGAUUUCUCCGGUACAGACUGGGAUGCUUCUGACACCGGCAGGAUCAAUUUCAAGCAGCAAAGCUUUAAGAGCGGUCACCACAAUAAACAUUAUCAGCGGCAGGCUGUCGUGCAGCAUCAGCGGCUGACGGCUGAGUGUUUUAGUCUGCCAGACAGGUUUGUUCUGGUCUCUGGGUCCAGGAUGGCAUGUUCUUACCGGCAGUCAAUUUGGGGCUGCAAAUCAGCACCACGGACAGUGCCCGCAUCCUGGCAAUGAAUACAAUGCUCAGACGCUUGCUUCCUUCGCUACCUCUCCCAGGGGCUCUGACUCUCCCCUGUGUCUCUAAGCUCUGCUGGUAUUUUUUCCCCAGAUGGCUGCCCUUUCAGAUGUGUGUUUACUGAGCUCUGCUUGUCAGAUUUGUUUUCUCCGUGCUGCACCUUCCACCUGCUGACACGAGGCCUGCUCCGAAAUCGGUGGGAUUACUCCGCGUGCAGAAGGGCUAUUCCUGCGGGGGUUGUAGGCCUGGGCCUGGAGACCUUGCCCACUCUGAAAAACAGUCCAGAGAGAUCUCAGGGGACACAGCUUGGCAAUGAAUAGUCAUCCUUGAAGGUAGGAGUCUGCUUCAGGUGCCCUGUAGAUAAACAGGGACUAUCUGAGCCCUGUUAUCUAAGAGGAAAUUUUCAAGGAUCUGUUAUCAUCAGACCGUUCAAACCUACCUUGACUCUUUUCCUCAGUUGAUAAGUGGACAAACCAUCCCCUCCACCCCACUGGAUUCAGCUUAAGUCAAGGUAGUAGUGCCUUCCUCUAAAAACGCAUUAAGCCUUUGCUUCCUGCCUGACCAAACCAAGGAAAUCAAAGCUUCUCUUCACUCCUUAAAAAUAUAAAUUUUGACAUGGACGGACCCAUGUCAAGUCUGCAGUUUGAACCUAGGAAUUGUGCCUGAUUUCUUGCUUAUGGAGCCUCCUUGAUGAGUUCAGGGGCUCUUCAUUUCCACUUAGGGAUGGAAAUGGCUGUCUAGUGGCCAGUGGAAGAUUGCUCUCUAUUGUUCUACUUAAAAAACUGUCUCCAGUUACGUGUCUAAGUAACUGAGACAGAUCUGUUUCAAAUGAAUAGCAACCAAGAUAGCAGUUAGACAAAUUUCUAUCCCAAACCUCACCCUCUGCCUUUCUCCUUUCCUUAUUUGCAUAUCAGCUUUGUCUGCUCAUGUUCUGCAUUUUAUACAUAUUGUAGUAUUUCCCUGUCCUCAACAUUCAGAUGUAUAGGUUGAAUCUGUCAAAUGGAGAAAUAAGAUAGUUGCAACAUUGGAUGCAAUAGUCUUUAUUUCAAUGAUAGAAGUAUUUGCUUAGGCUUUGAGUGGGAGUUAAAGUUCCAAGCACAGUAAGUGAUAAAUAGCUGCCCUCUUGAAAGAGUGAGCGAGGGAACUGCAUAUAAAGGAGGAUACUGAGCUGAAAAGGUAUCUCCCUUUAUUACAUCAACAAAGCUGUGAUUCUUGAACAGCCUUCUAUGGUCACUCAGUAUGGCAGAUUUGUUGGAAAAUAUACGGUCAAUCUGAGAGGCACAUUCAUGCAUGGCGCAGCUGAUGCUUGUCUUCUCUGGAGCCAGGGUCCAGCUAGAAGAAUGAUGGCCUCUGUAAUAAAUAGGGAAAAUAUUAGAGCAUCCAACUUGAUGUAGCCUGCUUCUGUGGGAUUUUUUUUUCCUGCCAAAAUGUUUCACCUCAGACUACAUGUGCUUUGCCCAGGAUUUCACUAUCUACAGUUUGCCGUGACAUACAGGGUGUCAGCUUCUCAUUUUCAUCAGAAUUUGAGAUCAGAACUGGGACCUGUGAUGAUGGGAAAUCCCAGGGGAAAGGAAUAAUUAGAGGUUUAUCUGGGCUCUGAUUUUCUUUAUUUGACUACAAAAUCAUUAUAUGGCCACAGUGCAAGGAAAUGAGUAAACAUUGCAUCUUAGCGCAGCGUUUUCUCAGACUAAUGAGGGAAGGCAGAAUGCAAAAUCUCUCCUUUCACCCUAAAAGCCUGGUCUGGCUCUAAGGCCACACAAAGCGGGUAAAUACCAUCUAAAAAUGCCUUAUUCUGCAUCCUAACAUGGACUAGAAUUAGCUUCCUCCCCUCCACCCACUCUCCAAGUGCUUCUAUGUUAUCACACCGUUGCAGCAAUAUUGCAUUAGCAGUGGCUCCCAAUGAAACCAAAGCCAGAUGCAAAGGUUUAGAGUACACCUGGGCCAAUUUGGGGAGUGAUUAGUGAUGCAUUCCCUAGCUCCUUGAUGGGGAUAGGCUACCCAAUUCAGUAAAUUAACUUUAAUAAUUAGAUGGAAAUGUCCAGAUGUGGACCUGAAUCUCACAUUGGUUUCUAUGAAUGCCUCUCCGUGGGCCUCCCAACUCAUUCCACUACCUUUGUUGAACCCUUGUUUAGGAUUAGGGAGUCUCUGAUGUGCAGUUACCUGCCUCAAGUCCUAAGGCUUAAAAGGUGGGAAGAAUAUAGGAUCAUAAGAAAUUAGGAAGGGACCUUCCAAGGUCACCUAGUCCAGCCCCCUGUUCAAGGCAAAAUCACCCCUGACCCAACCAUCCCAGCCAAGUGACUGUUUAACCUGCUCUUGAAAACUUCUGAGGAUGGAGAUUUCACAGUGUCUCUAAAUAACCUGUUUCAAUGCUUUAGCCACCCUCAUAGAAAGUUCCUCCUCAUCUCCAACCUAAAUUUCUCCUGCUGAAGCUUGAAGCCAAUGUUCGUAGUCCUGUGCCCUAUAGUCACAGAAAAAGGCCCAUCUCCAUCCUCUAUAAUCACCUUUCAUGUAGACUCCUAUCAAAUCCCCCCUCAGUCUCCUUUUUUCCAGGCUAAAUAGCGCUGGUUAUUUCAGCCAUAAGUCAAGCUUCUCAGGCGCCUAGUAUUUUUUGUUGCUGUGUUGCACCCUUUCAAACUGUCCAUCUCCUUCCUGAAGUGGGGGGCCCAAAACUGGACACAGUACUUCAGGCAAGACCUCAUCCAUGCUGAAUAGAGGGGAUGAAUCACUUCCCUUGAUUUGCAAGGUAUACUCAUGUUUAUUCAACCCAGUGUGCUGUUGAAGAUGGUGUAGAUUGGGAAUCUUCUCGGCAGCAGAAAUCUCAGACCUCACGAGCUCUUAUCCCAGGAAAGGGAGGGAAGGUCAGAUCAUUCUUCUCCCCUCCUGGGACAUAACUGAGGCUUGUGGGAGGGUCGAGUGGUAGAAGAGUCCAGUUUACACAAGAAAAAACAAACUGGGUAUCCAAAACCAGGUGGGAAUAGGGAAGGGCCAGGGGUCAAAGAGCCUACUGGAGCUUGGGGAGAGGCAGGUAGGAGAUGGGGAGCGAUGGGUGAUGUCUGGAGACAAGAGGAACCUUUCAGAAACCAGAAAGCCACCCCGUGCAGAACGGGAGAGGAAUGCUGAACAAGGAAAAAUUAUGGUUGUAAGGGAAUGGAAAAACAGAAAACAAAAUACCAGUAACUUGCAUGUCUUUGAAUCAGCUUUGAGGGCUCCUCCAUACCUCUAGCUAUGUUCAACUUCUCCCAGGCCUACGAUUGGGUCCAGUCAAAAUCUUAUGAACACCAAAGUCUUAUUAUUAUAUAUUCUUCUGCCUGGAGCUCUGCCCCAGUUCCAUGUGGGUUACCUUAUUUUAGUUAUUUUUUCCCCUGUGUAAAAGAGACUUUCUUUUUUUUCCCCAGGAGAAGUGUCCUUUAAAAUUCCAACUAAACCCUGAGGUCAUUUCUUGCAUGAGCAGCUUUUUACAGGCAGGCUUAAAAGCAAGGGUGGGGGGUGGGGGGAUGAAAUCUUGUGUUAACUAAGUGCUAUUUUACAUACCUUAUUUUAAGCAAAAUGAAGGCUCUUGCUGUAUAAAUGAUGUGUAGUGCUUUAGUUCAUACUGGACAUUACACGACCCUCUGUCUGGUUGAAUGGGACAUGUGGAAGGGUUUCACUACUUGAAUAGGUCAGUUGGUACCUGGGGCAAAGACAGUGGGUCACUGCCAUGUCUGGGGAAGAGAGUUUAGGGGCUGUGUUCAUCCCUUUCCCAGAGGUUUAUGUACUCAAUACAUUUUAAAGUGAUAAUGUCUGGAAGCAGCAAGCAUGUUCUCAGCUGUCUGUAUGAUUUCUCACUCAAUGGGGUUAUCUGCUUUUCAGCACUAGAAAACUGGCUGAGGAACUGAAACAAAGUGGGAAAAAAGAGCCAGUCCCUUUGUGAGGGUAUAUGGGUCAUCGAUUGGGAAAGCGCUGUGACAGGGUAUACAAUAGGCAGUUGUAACAUUAUAAGCAGUGGCUGUAGCCACUAGGGGAGCUAAGGCACUGGCUUAUUUGAGAAAAAUGAAAGCAAAACCCAAGCCCUAUACAUUUACCUUCACUGCAACCCCCAUGUGCUCUUCGCAGCUACCAAUAUAACCAAAUUGCUCAGCUGGGUAUAGGCAUCAUGCCUUGAAUGCCCUGGGCUGUCCAGUUCAAUUCACAUUCCAGUAAUGAGCUACAAAGUUGAUGGACCUCACCAAAAAAGCCAGGCAGCACAGCACAGUACGCAGGGGCACUUUGGGACAUGCCCUUAUCUCACGAGCACACGUACAGCCACCCCUAAACUUCUGACCUGGAGCCUCCUCGAGUUGGCCUGCUGAUCUGGCAUUGCCGCUACAUCAGGAGAGACAUGGCUAGCAUCCCAAAUGGGGGACAUAUCUGGCUGGAUUUUUACCAGGUUUAUUUUAAUCUCUGUUAGUAUUAUUGAAACUCUUUGAAUGAACAGGAACCAAUUCUCUAGCGGUGUUUGUCAUUGAUUUGUAAGCAACAUACCAAUGAGUUGGGGUCAUCAUGCCACAUUUGUAUUCCUUAGCUACUGUGUUAAACCCCACAUCUGAGCCAGUGGUUCUCAGCCAUUGCCAUACCACAACCUGCCUUUCCAUCCAACUGGGAUCUAGCCAGGACCUCAUCCCAUGGAAAAACAUGGGAACAGCAGGGUGGUCAUGACCUCUGGCAGCUGUUGGCAAAGCCUACCCAGGGGCUCCAAAUACUGGGGUGAGAAACCUUGAUUAGCCAAAGUGGGCUCCCCUCCCCACAUCUCCACAAUAUAAUCCAGAUUCUGCACUUUGGUAUGCUGGGGAAUGGGAAGAACGUUUCCUUAUUGUGUUAGUCUGACCUAAAGAAGCCUUUUUUAGCUUAAAAAAAAAAGUAUUUACAUCUGAGGAAGGGCUCUUUGACGUGCUGAGGUAUUUGCUCUGCCCCCGCACCACUCCCUAUCCUUCCCUGCUUUCCUUCCUGCACCUCGAAAUGAAACAGAAAAUUAUUUUUUUAAGACUGUGUCAAUAAUUUAUGUUUAGUACAAAGGAUGAUUGAAUGGCAUCACCAAAGGUCAUUUAUUCCAUCUCCACGCUCCUUCCAACUCCCUAGUCCAUUCCUCUUCACGCUAGUCCAUCAUCCCCCUUUCAUCCACCUCACACGUACGCUGCCCCCCACUGAAUACCAUAAGUACCACACACCAGAAAGACCCUGGGAUUUGACCAACAACUGUUGGGAAACAGCGAUUAACACACAUGCAUAUACUACACAAUGAAACCAUUUCCACCCUCCAAAUUAACAGUCAACUGCUGCAAAUAAAAAGCAGACAAAUACCUUGACUUUGGAUUUUUUUUUAAAGGCCUUUUAUACCUGUAUAUGUGUGAGUGUGCAUACAUAUGUGCUCACCUACUCUGCACGCACAAAUGCACACACACACACACAAACACACACACACGCACACACACCUCUCUCUCUCAAAUAUAAAUAUAUUGUACGUUAGAGCUGUAAAUAUUUCUUGGUCAUGUGUCUAUGUCUUACUCAUAGUAUCAUAUCCACAGUGUUAUGUUAACAACUCCAUUUAUUGAUCGAUGAAAACUGUGUGUAGAGCUGUACCCUCCUGACAUAGUUUAUGUAGAUCUCUCUUCUCAAAUAAAGUACAAAACAACUGUUA